AUGCCGCUCUCACUAGAAGCUCCCGUUCUACAAGUGGACGCCAAUGUAAUCCACAAGGUCGACACGACGAAUCCCGCCAACCUCUUCAGCAUGUGGACUGUCUUUGCGAGGUGUCGCGACUCCGUUGCCCAGGGGAGGAGACUCGAGAACCUGAGCUGGCGGUUAUGGAAUCGUGAAACAUUUUGCUGUGAGAACGACGACAUUAGCCUGUCUACCAGCACCACUAGCAAGCCUCAAGACAUCCCCCACGGCAAUACAGAGGACGUUCCUCAGCUGUCCGGUAGCGUUGACUCUGUUGCCGAUGAAGAGGCCGUUGACUUUGGCACGGAAUCUGCUCCUGUAGACAUUGUCCGCCCGAGGAUACGCAGACAGGAUUCGUGCGCUAGCAGCCGCAGCCGCGGAAACCAACGCCAUAUCACUUCGGACGAGCUAGAGAAGAUGGUGGUUUCUAUCAUGGAGUCCAAGGAACCUCUCACUGCCCCGCUCCCUAACAUUCCCCGCUGCCUCUCUGUCGAGCAACGUCCGGCCUCUCCUCGGACAGGUUCCACGACGAGCCAAUCAUCAUGCAAUUCGUCUGACAACUUGUCGGCGCAGUCGUCCGCUUCAGAGCCCGUUCGUGAAGCUGCUCCGCAGCUACCUAACCAACCACGGGCUACCAUCGUCACUCGCGGCUUCUCUCCUGCGCAGGUUCCUGCGACUCUGCUUGCCGCUGUCCAAGCCUCUAAAGCCCCUUCACCGAGUGCCAUUCCCGGACCUGACGAAGCCCCGGCCGCUAAGCCAGUCUUCCCAAAGAGGCAACAGGCAAAAUUUGCUCUGGGUGGCUCUUCUUGCUCAGAGGACGGCUCUUACCAGCAGCGUGAGAUUGAAGCAAGAAGGCAGCCAACUGCUCAGCCGAGGCAAAAAAUGUUCCAGCUCGGUGCUUCUUCAGUGGAGGAUGACUCACCUAGAGAACAGAGGGUUGCUGCGGCCAUGACUGCGCAGAGGAAGAAUACCUCGUUCAAUAAGCAGGUCGUUACCCAAACAUUCAACACUUCCGCUGUCAGCGAUUCUGAGGAUGACUACUCCGAGAGUGCGAUUGACGACAGCGCGAUCGACGAUGAUGAUGAAUGGGAGGAAGAAGAUGGUGAGGAAAGCGAUAGCGGUAAUGCUCCCGAGAAAAUCGAGUUCAGACGUGUCGAAUCGACGGCGAACCUGACAUCUAGGCGCUCGCUUAUCACUCUCAUGCUGGCCCAGACACAAUACCAAGUGCGGAAUCAAAGCAAUGCCCGCCCCCAAAGAUUUGGCAAUGGUAUUGCGUCUCAAUCGACUUCCGCGCUCCACCGUGCGGGUCGCCCUCAAUUAAACGGACCGACCGUGGUCAACUCACCGAACGACUCCGACGAGGCGCCGCUUAUGAUGAAGAGGAACAACAACCGGGCCCCCCCAAUGCGCCCUAUCAACGAGAUCCCGAGAUCGGCCGCCCAACCCAUUAAUGUGGCCGCUCAGGGCAUGCACUUCCAGGCCGCGCUGUCUCCGCGAACUACUCGGCGAAACAUGCUCGCCACCGAGCUCACCGAGUCCCUGCGGCGGAAUCUCCUGCGGGAGCGGUCCCAGAAGUCGUCAACGGCCAACGCAGUUCUCAAGCGUAGGCAUACUUCACACGACAUUGCGAACCUGAGGCAGUUUCCUGAAAAGCCGUUCAUGAAGAAGGAGGAGGAUGCCAACGCGAGCAGCUGGGAUCAGUACUUCCAGAACCCCUUUGCCGGCUAUUCAGCUCAAGCCUGGUGA